UGUUGUCUGGUCGGAUAUUGGUCCGCCUUUUAGAAUAAUACACAGCGAUUUGGCGUGUUUUGUCGGUGAGGAGUCGGUUUGGGAUUUACCGCACCACCUGAGCAUCGCACCAAAACGGUGGGCAGGUGGUGUCCUGUCAUGCGGUUCCAAGAGGUCAGCCUCCACUGGAGCUGACACAGUCAGCCAGCCCAGCCAACACUACAGCAGUCCUAUCUCUACCUGAUCUUCACCUUCCACUGCCCUACUCUCUGCCCAGUAAUCCUGCCCCACGGGAAGACGUGCCUCUGCAGCAUCUGUGUUCCAGGCUCCUUAUUCACAUUCUAGUCCUUGGCACCUCCCCCAAGAUAGGUCCUCCUUCUCCAUCCCAGACCUGUCUACAAUUCUUUAAUACCCUACACUCUACCCAGGCUCUGCUCCCUGGACCCUUCCUCUAGCUGUAGGCCCUGGCACAAACUCCUCUCCCCCGAGCAUCUCUAAACCCACUAGCCUUGGCCAAAAGAUUGCCCAAAGCCACAGCCCUGGUAACGAGCAUCCCUGGCCGAACACAAGGACCUAAUCGAGGCAGUUGUCCAUCAGAUAGAUCCAGGGUGUGGCAACAAUGUCUAGCCGACGGAAAGCCUCCACUCCUUGUAUGAUCCGCCCAGAACAAGCCCUGGUGGAGCUGGAUGAGGAAGCAGAGGAGUCCCAGGACGUGGAGAACACAGUGGAGAACCAUGCUGCAGAGGGACCUAUGGAUACAGAUCUCUCCAGGGAAGAGCAGUCGUCUGUAGACUUGGAACCAGUGGACAAGGCCCCGGAGCCGAGGGCAGCUCCAGACAAACCAGUGACUGAGCCACCAGAUGCCUCCAAGCCUCAGCGUAGACAGCAGGGGGGCUAUGAGUGCAAAUACUGCCCUUUCUCCACUCAGAACCUGAAUACUUUCAAAGAACACGUAGACGCCAACCACCCUAACGUCAUCCUCAACCCUCUGUACCUGUGUGCCGUCUGUAACUUCAACACAAAGAAGUUCGACACCCUGACGGAACACAAUGAGAGGUGUCACCCGGGAGAGAGCAACUUCAAAUUCAAACGCAUCAAACUGAACAAUCAGACAAUCUUAGAACAGACAAUAGAGGGCUGCAGUAACAAUGCGGUGAUUUACAACACAUCCAGUGCCACCUCUGGCAAAGGAGAGGAGCUAGGUACUCUACCAUUCAGCAAAUCCACCACAGUGAAGAUUGGCAAACCAAAAAUGCUGAUACCGGAUAAUAAACGGACAGAGUCUCAGUUGGGUAAACUAACUCCCGAUCUGGCCAAGAAACCAGUCACGGCGGUCAAUGUUAACGGGACCGUCAUUAUCCCGGAGUCAACCCUUCUGAAAGCAGAUGGCCUUUCCCACAUCAUGCCUUCCCUGCAGCGGCCUCCAAACUACACCCAGGUCCCGAAGAUCGCAGUGCCCCUCAACACAACCAAAUACAACCCUUCACUGGACGGCAACCUGACACUCAUCUCCUCCUUCAACAAGUUCCCCUACCCGACACAGGCUGAGCUCUCUUGGCUCACCGCAGCCUCAAAACACCCAGAGGAGCAAAUCAAAGUCUGGUUCACCACACAGAGGCUCAAACAGGGCAUUAGCUGGUCACCUGAGGAGGUGGAAGAGGCCAGGAAGAAAAUGUUCAAUGGCACAAUCUCAUCAGUCCCUCAAACCUUCACCGUUGUAGCUCCACAGCUCAAUGCUCAGUCAUCUACCGCUCCCUCUGCAUCAACUACAGCCUCAAAAUCUUUGCAGCCAGCGACUCCCCUCCUGCAGUCUCUCCCCUGUCAGCUGCUCGGCCAGACCAGCUUGGUGCUGACUCCAGUCGCUAAUGGUUCUUCAGUCACCUGCGCUCCGCUGGCACUCACUGUCGCCAAUCAGGUGACGCAGUCUCUCAAGCGACCCCUGGCAUCCCCUGUGAUCGCCACAGAAAGCAAACGUCCCUCCAUCAUCCAGACCAACCAGACGCCCACGGCCACCAAGCUGGCCCUGCUCAAAAUGCUGAGUUUCACCGUCGACCCCAAUAAAACAGCUGAGCAGCUGUCUGUGCUGAGGACCAGCUACACACAGUGUCCAUUCCCAGAGGAAGAUGAGAUCUACCGGCUGAUAGAAACCACCGGGCUGUCCAGAGGAGAGAUAAAGAAGUGGUUCAGUGAACAAAGACUCCUCAACCUCAAAGGUAUUCCUCCAGCGGUUCCUCCACCAGUGCUAGUGAAAGCAGAGGUGACGCCUGCAACUAAAGACGGUCCAGUGAAGAAAGCGGUCCCGAGCCAGUUUCCCCUGCUGGAGAGGGUGAAGGGGAAGUCAUCAGAGCAGCUGAAGGCGCUGGAGGAGAGCUUCCAGAAAAGCAGCUCUCCAACUGAGGCAGAACUAGACCAGCUGGCCCAGGAGACCAGGCUCUCCAAGACCGAGGUAGACUGCUGGUUUUCAGAGCGCAGGGCGCUCAGGGACAACAUGGAGAAGGCCUUGCUCACCAUGACUCCCAAGAGCGCAGAGGAGAGAGCGAGCCGAGCAGGAGGGCUGCUGAACGGGGCCUCUCACCACGAACAGGACGGCAAAGCUCUCCGCUCCUCCCCUCAUCCACCUGUCCUCUCCUCCUCCUCCCCUCCCGUACUGGCAGCCUCGUCCUCCCCUCAUCCGCCAGUCCUCUCCUCCUCUGUAUCUCCUCCCAUCCUCACCACCUCCUCCUCCUCCUCGCCUCAUCCCCCCGUCCUCUCGGCCUCCACCAGCCCCGCCCCCAUCAGCAGCCGCUCCCUCACCCUGCUCAGAGAGGUGUUCUGUCGGACCCAGUGGCCGUCCCCUGAGGAGUACAGCCAGCUGGAGGUCCAGACAGGCCUGGGACGCACCGACAUCGUCCGCUGGUUCAAAGACCACCGCUCAGCGCUGAAGAAUGGGGAAACACUGGACUGGAUGGAGGGUUUCCAAAACCAGAACCCUGAGCAAGAGAAAGCAGGCCAGGAACAGAACGGGCAGAGCUCUGAGAAAAACGAGAACGUUCCCCUGGAAGCCAAGCCCGUCAAAGCCCAAGAUGCCGGGGAGGACGCCGCUGAGAACCCGGCGGAAACAGAGCACUCCAAGCUGUCCAACCAAGACAUAGUCCAGUGGUUCACUGACAGACUAGGCCAUGGUGUGACGGACCUGAGCCGGACCAGACCGGACCAGACCAGCCCUAACACUGCGGACAAAGGAAGGUGGGUGAAGGUGACAGUGGCGGUGGGGGAGGAGAGUGACGGAGGAGUGGAGAGACAGAAGCUGGCAUCAGACUCUGACGUCCUGGCCUUGGAGCACCCUGGAAGGGUCACGGGUUGAUGAUCAAGGGAAUCAUUGACUGCUGACCGCCUUGAAACAACUCAAGACGGCCACAUCGGGAACCAAUGACAGAACUGUCCGCCUGUGAUGUCAUCACAAAGCGCCGUGGAUUGUGACGUCCCACCGUAAAAAGCACUGACAUGUGGUGCAGAUACCGACAGAGGAGUGCCAAAGCUGGACUUGAUGCAUUGUUCUUACUGCUAGUACUUUUUUUUUU